AUGUGGUGGCACGGCGUCACUUAUCUCAAAGCAAGAAGAACAACAUCGAUUUUAGCUAACAUGCAGCAUCAUCCUCAUCUUCAUCUCGUUGUCAUGAUCAUUCCAAGCGCUGUGAUAAAACUAACAGUGAAACUUCACGGUCAUGCUCUUGUAUGCUUCUGGAAUUUGGUAACCUGAAUUUGAUCACAAUAAGGACUCCCUUUCGGUUUUCCUUAUGAUCAAAAUCAGAUUACCAAAUACCAGAACCAUUCAGACCUGGCACAAGAAGAAGCGAGAAUGUGCAUAUUUAUGUGUAUCUAUAGUAUAAAAAUUCCUUUUCCUAGUACUUAGUUAUAGCAAGGUCGUCAUUUUUCUGAGACAAGUACGAAAAACAUCAAAUGGUUGCUCCUUCGCUCGGAAAUAUAUUUGUUCUGAAACGAAUGUGACUAUUAUAUAUUUAUAAUAUAUCUAUACUUACUAUAGGAUGGGGGCGGCGCGGCCACGAAUUCGAGUUUUUCUUAUCGUUUUUUGUUUCAUUCAAUCUAAUAACUUAGUUUAGAAGUAGUACGAGGAGGAGCAAGUAGCAGAGCUUGAUUUUUUCAUCAGUACAUAGGUCGCCAUCUGCUUGGUUAUAAUCAAUGCACUAUACUCCUGAUAUGUUGAUCGCUAUUAAUUUGUGACUACAUAAGGUUUUACAGUAUUGUGGCUCGAAGAUAGUGCAAAAUGAGCCUCCUGUUCUUUGUCCGUCUGCUCCCUAGGUAUCUAUUCAUUACCUGCUGUCUUUGACUUUGUUGAGCCUCCCCUCCUAUUGCCGUUCUUAUCCGAUGAAGUGAGGCCGGCGUUUGGGUCGACCUUGUGUUUUUUCUAGAUGAUAGUAUCUUUGCUUUUUGUUGUCGCGGCCUGUCCUUGAAAAAUUUGAAUUUCUGAUAGACGGGAGAGUGGAAAGACACAUGGCAGAGCUACUUUUUCCAUGUUGUGUAGUGUAUUUUACGAACUAUGUACUUAUAAGCCCAUCGACGAGGCCCAAGGGGUGAAAACCCGAAGCUUUUGCGUCCCGCGUGCGCCGAGCAGCCUCUUAAUCACUGAAUCAACAGCAGCGCACGUUACUUCAGACAAGAACAAUACAUAGGAAUGCUACUAACCGGUGUCUGCAAGUCUAAAUCGGCGUGGAGAUUGUGUGACGGAAGCGGAACACAUCGCUUCCUCCUGAAGUACUUGUCUGCAACGCUGGUCGGAGGGUGUCCACAACAAAGAUAUCAGUCUGUCCACAACUCCUCUUUUACAUCAAGACAUUCAGUCUGUGUGUCUCUCGUCUCUGUCUCGUUUCAUCUGUUGUAACUGAGCAAUUGUGAUCGCGAUCGCGCGCGGUCGCCCCCUACCACUCGUCUGCGUAGCACGUCCUUCUCUACCUCAAACAACGACACGGAGAAUAGCUCUGCAACAUCAACGUCCUUCAUGCUGUCUCCAGCUUUUUUGUUGAUUGCGAAACGUACUGCGCCCCUAUAGGUGGCCAGAAACUAGCGUAGUGUCGACUUACUGACGUGACUAAGCAGCAUGUUUUUAU